AUGGAUCCGUCAAAACACAUCGGUGUUGAUGACAACCAAUACCGCAAUGAGGUCCUUCUGCUGCCCUCUGAGGAUGUAGAAACCUCUUUGGGGCAAAAGUUAGUCGAUGAGGCUCGCGAGUUGGGCCUUAAUGUUUCCGAGGUUGAGGUUGCUGCAUCGCUAGCCGCAUCGAUUGCCUCCGGGAUGGUCGAUCUCUCCUCCCCCGUCCUUUCCUCCGGCUCUUCGACCGACCGGAACUCCGUGUGCGAAGUGUCACAUUCUCCAGAAACAUUGCCGUUGGAUCAAGUCGCAUCCUCUCUUUCUGAACUUAAUAUUUCCGAUCGAGUUAAACCCCGGAGCACCCGAUCGAUUGCCUCGCUGUCCACCCGACCGACGUCCUUUAGUUCUAGCGAGGGAAAGUUCGCUCAUGGAAACGAUAAUCUCAAAGAAAGGAAAGCCAGUCACCGGACUUCGUUGUUGAGCGUCGGGUCUACGGAGAAAAGAGAAAAACGGAGAUCAAGCUUGAAAAGCGCAAUUGGCAAACUACCUUUUCGAAGAAAGAGAACACCAUCUGCGGUUCUUCUCCCGCCCGCUGCGCAAGUAACUGUCACAAAGAGCGAGGGUGGUGUGGAUAAGGUCUAUGUGGAAUCAAAGGCUAAUGAUGCGCCUGAUACACCUACCCCGAGAGACGAUGAUCAAUAUCUUAAGCUCGAGAUCCCGGUUUUCGACCAUGAUACUUUGCAGAGAAGCUUGGAGAACCAGGAGUUGAUUCGGAUGCGUGAAUCGCAUAGGCUGGAGAAGAACCGGUUUCUUGCAUUUCAAGAUACGUUGCUAGAUCGGUUAAGGUCCAACCAACAGACUGCCAUGUCCGAAAAGCUGUCAGAGAACAAGCGAUUGCAGGAAGAGAAGCGCGAACGGAACAUCGUCGAUGCGUCCCGCAUGGAAGAACGACAGCUCGCCUUAGAAAUCGACCAGCAACGCGACUUUGAACGAGUCAAGGUCAACUCCCGCACACGAAUUAAAUACAUGGAAGGAUACUUUAGAAACUCGAGUCCGCCACCAACACCCCAACCCGAUGAUUCGGGUUCCGAUGCAACUUCGCCGCCAGCUCGAAGAUUUACCAGUCAGAACAAGGCGCAGCUGGCGCAGCAAUACCGCGAUCACGACUCGAUGGACCAGCUUCACGAAGCAAAAAUCAAAGUCCUCCGCGAUCGACAAGAGUUGAGAUUGCAGGAGGCUAUUGCACGGAUGGAACGAGAGCUCGAUGACCUUAUAAACAAGCACACCAUGGAGUUUACCGACUUGCAGCGACACCACCGGAAAGAAGAGCAGUCGGUAUUGCACAACAUGGACGCGAAGAAGACCAAGAUGAGACAUCGAUGGAAUUUGGAAGAGGCGAUUCUCCGGAAGAAGCUUGAAAUGCAAUAUGGCCAGCCGUACGGGCCUCUUCCACCAUUGUCGUUUACAGAUGGUCACAUCUACGAGACGAGGGACUCGGCGAUUUGCGUCUCGGAACACGCAGGCGAUGAGGAACAAAUGCACCAGAAGAGACCGUGA